GCAUACUCAUAAACCUGUAUUUAGUUGUCGCAAUCUCUCUUACUCUCACAUGCUUCUCGUUCGCAUCUGCGAGCUUAGCUAUGAUCUCGGAAUCAACUCAGUAGCAUUUGAUUUUACAUAUUCAUAGAAAUCACAGACUCCGUUUCACGGAAUCGAAGUCGAUGAAGUUCUUCGGUUAUUAGAGGAAAAGCAUAAAGGAGCUGGUGUAGUUGCAGAGAAAAAUGAUUUUGCCGUUGCAUUGACAUGGGAAUUUUACUUUUUUGAGGCCGGACUGAGUUGACUCAGAUUCGAAUCGCUUCAAUCAAAGGUACUUCCGUUGCUUAUUCCGAACCUGAUUUAUACUCUAUUUCUAUAUGAUAUGUCAUAUUUGUGGUUACCGUUGUAUGGGAAUAUGGAUUUCCUGUGUAGUUUUGAGAAGUCAUUUAGAGGCAGUUGAUCGCGGUGUGUUUACUUUAUCAACAGUCAAUGUGUGGUUUUUGGGUUGUGUUUUUGUAUUUGGAUAAGUUUUAACACCUGAUUUUGGCAAUAACUGACAGCUAUUGGGGCACUGACUUGGAUUUCAGUGUUGGAAUGACAGAAUUUAUAAUAAGAUUUUGAUUCUGAGGUUAUAUUUUGGUGGAAGAUUUGUUAGAUUUUGAUUCUGAGGUUACAUUUUGGUGGAAGAUUAGUUGGCAUUUAUUUCAGACUGCUGGUAUUGGGAUGGGUUGUGGGUGUUCUAAACUCACAUCCUGUUGCUGUGUUGCGGAACAGAAUGGACUUGCUCAUGAUGAGAUCCAUCGUGCUGAAAAUGAGGAGAAGAGUGAAGUAAGUGGUUUGCCUCCAUUUCGUGAAUACACCGUUGAACAACUUAGAAUAGCUACAUCUGGAUUUGCAGUAGAGAACAUGGUCUCCGAACAUGGGGAGAAGGCCCCUAAUGUGGUUUAUAAAGGGAAGUUGGAUCAAAGGAGAAUUGCUGUCAAACGUUUUAAUAGAUCUGCUUGGCCUGAUGCCCGACAGUUCUUGGAAGAAGCAAGAGCUGUUGGUCAACUCCGGAACCACAGAUUGGCAAAUCUACUUGGUUGCUGUUGCGAAGGUGAUGAGAGAUUACUUAUUGCAGAAUUUAUGCCCCAUGAGACACUUGCAAAGCACCUAUUCCAUUGGGAAACACAGCCUAUGAAGUGGCCAGUGCGAUUAAGGGUGGCUUUGUAUCUUGCACAAGCUUUAGAAUAUUGUACAAGCAAAGGACGUGCCCUUUAUCAUGAUCUUAAUGCUUACAGAAUAGUCUUUGAUGAUAACGGUGAUCCGAGACUGUCAUGCUUUGGUUUAAUGAAGAACAGUAGAGAUGGAAAAAGUUACAGCACAAACCUGGCAUUUACCCCUCCUGAGUAUCUGAGGACUGGAAGAGUAACACCAGAAAGUGUGAUGUAUAGUUUCGGCACCCUUUUGCUUGACCUUCUCAGUGGAAAACACAUUCCUCCGAGCCGUGCCCUUGAUUUGAUUAGUGGAAGGAAUCUUCAAAUGCUAACGGAUUCAUGCUUGGAAGGGCAAUUUUCUAACGAUGAUGGAAUUGAGUUAGUACAGUUAGCUUCAAGAUGUUUACAAUAUGAGCCUCGUGAGCGGCCAAAUCCAAAAACAUUAGUUGCUGCUUUGAUUCCUCUUCAGAAAGAAACUGAGACCAUGUUCAGAUGUGUUCAAGUAUUUUACUAA